UCGUUCGUUGCAUCGUUUCUAUCGUUUAUAUCGUUCGUUGCAUCGUUUCUAUCGUUUUACCGAGGGUUUUAUUGUUUCAUCCGGUUCUUCUUCUUGUUCUUCUUCAUCUUGCUCUUAAUCUUGUUUUUCUUAUUGUGGAAAAACAAAACUUUCCGCGUUUUUCGUGAAUUUUCGUGAAUUUUCUGAGUUUUCGUGCGAUCCAGAGUAUCUAAAGUGAAGUUUGUAACUCCCGCCGUCGUUCCCGUCGAAAAAAAAACUUGGAAAAACGGGUAUAAAACAGAAAACCGGAGCACGAAGAAAAAACAGAGGUAAAUGUUCAUCAGAGCACCUUAAAAUGUCGCAAACGGUUGUCGGGAAAAUCGCGUCGGUUUCGCUGGAGAAUUUCGUGACUUACGAUUCGGUGGUGUUUUAUCCGGGAGACCACCUGAACAUAAUCCUCGGUCCAAACGGGGCCGGAAAGUCGGCUAUCGUGGCCGGCAUCGUUUUGGGAAUGGGCGGGAACUGCAAAGUACUUUCGCGAUGUGAAAAUAUCGAUAGCUAUAUCAAAAACGGAAAGCCGUCCGCGACGAUCCGCAUAUCUAUUUACAGCAACGCUCGAAGAGGAGUACAGCGAUUCUGCCGAAUGUUCGACCACGAUCGGAAGGACACGUUUCAGAUUGAUGGGACGACGGUAUCGCACCGCGCUUACCUCGAAAAGAUCCGAUCGUACAACAUCCAGAUCGACAAUCUCUGCCAAUUCCUGCCUCAGGAUCGCGUGCAGGAUUUUACGAAGAUGAAUCCGCGGGAGCUGCUGCUCAACACGCAAUCCUCCGUUUGCCAGUCUCAGAUGAACGAGUGGUUCACUCUGCUAAAGGCGAAACGUGCCGAACAAACCACAUCCUCCACUGCGCGCACAAAUCAUGCAGAGAAACUGCGCGAGCUCGAGGUACGUUCCGGCGUGCUGGAGCAAAUGCUGGAACAGAACCGCGCGCGACAGGAAUACGAGGAGCAGAUUAAGGUUUGCACGGCAUGCAAGCUGUGGCUGGAGUAUGAAGAUCUGUUCCGACUCUACACCACCACGAAGACCGAUCAACAGCAGGCCAACGAACUAUUGCGAACGAAAGAGAAGGAGUACCGGAAGUGCCAGAAGGAAAUGGCCGCCAUCUUAGAGAGAAAGGAGAAAUUACAACGCGGGAUGGCGGAUGAGACGGAACGCGCACAAAAAUACACCGACGAAAUUAAUCGGCUUGAGGAAGCGGCGGAGCGGCUAGAGGAUGACAUCCGAAAACGCAAACGAGAGCUACAGAACGCGCUCGCUAAGGCAGACGAGCGGCGCACCGAGCUAGAGGAAGCGAAGGUCAUUCUGAGCGCUUUCAUACAGGAUUGCGCUGACGCUGCGAAUGCGCUUGGGUCGGAGGAACAGAUUAAUCGACAAAUAGCCGCAUUUAAAGAGUCCGAAGCGAAGGUACGAGACGACUACGACCUGCAUAUCGGCCGGCGUCAGGAAUUGAAUCAAAAGAUCGACAACGAACUCAAACCGGAGAUGAUGAGCGUUCAGCGGAGCAUAGAAGUGAUUGAAAAUGAGGCCAACAAUCGCUUGCGUUUGCUGGAGUCUCGGUUCGAGGGAACAUUCCGCGCAGUCAUGUGGUUACGGGACAAUACUGACCGUUUUCAGGGCAGAAUUUAUGAACCCAUGAUCCUGGAGCUAAACGUACCGGUACAGGCAAAUGUAAUCUUCCUCGAGAAUACCAUCGGUAUCCGGGACCUGAUUGCGUUUACGUGCGAGCAGACGGAGGACAUGAAUUUGUUUCUGCGGAUCAUACGCGAAGAGCUCAAGUUUCCUAACGUGAACGUUAUCCACAGUGGACCGUCCGACGCUCUUCUGUGGAAACCCAAAUAUCCGAUCACAAGCUUGAGAUCGUUCGGAUUUCACACCUACCUUAUCGAUACGCUUGAAGGACCAUUUCCGGUGCUCAAUGGGUUGUGCAAGCUUUACAAUCUACACAACAUUCCCGUGGGUGGACCAGAGUCGGCCAAGCACGUGAACUCGCUGCCCGACGCGAUUGCCCUCUUCUUCACUCCGACGAAUCGCUUCCAGGUUACGAAAUCGCGCUACACUAAUGAAAAGUCCACCCGAAGCGAUGUGCUGCAGGCGCGCAAUCUGCUCAGCCGUUCCAAGGAUGUAAAGCUGCUGGAAGAGAAGCGGGCGCAUCUGAAGCGGCUGGUGAACCACUGCGAUAAGAUCCGUAAUGCACGUGGAGAAAUCGAAGGUCGCAUCAAAGAGCUGCAGGAAAAGUGCCUCAGCUUUCAAACCCAACAGCGGGAGCUGCAAGAGAAACUGGGUAAAUACCAGCAGACCAAGAUCAAAGUGAAGCGACAGCAACAAAAGUGCGAUCAGCUAACUCAGCGACUCAUCAAUGUGUCGGAGGAGCGGGUCAAAUUUGAGCAAGCUUGCAACACUUUGCUGAAGAAGAUCGUGCAAGGGCAGCGUGACAAAUCGAGUGCGCUGUUUCUGUACGUAGAAGCGAUCAGAAAGUACGAUGUGCUGCAGGAAAGAAUGCGUAUCUUCCGGGAAGAGAACAACGACCUGGAAGGCAACCUUCGCUCAUUGGAGGAUGCUUACAAAUCGGCCAAAAAGACGCUCGACGCAGUACAGCGUAAAUUUGACGAUGUCCAUGAGAAGCUGAAGCGGAAAAACGGCGAAGCACGAGCAUUGACGGAUGGAAAAACACCAAACAAACCCGACUUUCCUUAUCGCGAGCAGUUCGAAACACUUCCCAAGGAACUGGAAGCACUCGAGGCGCAUCUGGAUGAGCUGCGCGUACGAUUCGAGUGUCUGCCGGAAGCGAAUCUGGAGGCUGCCGAAGAGUUCGCCCAGAAACAGCAAGAGAUGGAGAAGUUGCGAACGACAAUGACACGAGUUGCAAGCCAUGUUGAAACGUUAGAUAAGGAGAUCAAGGAAACGCAUGCCCAUUGGUAUCCGGAGAUAUGUCGCGUUGUACAGGACAUCAACCGGCAGUUUUCGAACUUUAUGAGUCGAAUGGGUUUCGCUGGUGAAGUGGAAUUGAUUCGCCAGGAGGAGUACGAUUACGAUGAGUACGGAAUUCGGAUCUUCGUCAAGUAUCGAAACUCGGAGAAGCUGUGUGCCCUCGAUCGGAAGCUGCAAUCGGGUGGUGAGCGGGCGGUGGCGAUCGCGAUCUAUACCCUCUCGCUGCAGCACCUAACACAGGUCCCAUUUCGGUGCGUCGAUGAGAUCAACCAAGGAAUGGAUCCGACGAACGAACGCAAAGUGUUCGACAUGCUCGUGGGGGAGACAUGCCGCGAAGGUCAAUCACAAUACUUCUUUGUAACACCCAAGCUACUACCUCGGCUCCGGCACGAUGAGAAGAUGACGGUGAUCAUUGUGCACAACGGAAAGUUUAUCCAAAGCCCGGACGUCUUUCAUACGCAACGUGCAUGAACCAGUUUUACUAUUCCUACUUACCUUCUAGUUCAUUCCGUAAAUUCUUCUCAGUUACUUCGUAAUACUCUUUGAAUAUUUCGUUUCGAAUUUAAUUGAAUUUGGUCAAAUAAACCAUUGGCGCCAAGUGACUUAUUGGCGGUGUUUCUUUCA